AUGUUCCGCGGACACCGGGCUUGGUUCUCGCAGAGCGUCAGCCCGGGCCCGCGGGGGCUCUGGGCAGACGGUGGUGGGACGAUCGCUCACUGGCUGGAUGCCGACUACCUCUUCAGCAGCGAUGCCACCCACCCCGACACACGCAGCAUACAUGAGAGCCUCAGUUACUUGGAAGGCAGAGCCACAGUCUUUCACUCCUGUUACCUCUCAGUGUGUGCGGGCACAGGCGCCGGAGAGAAGCCCUCGGUGGUUCUGGGCCAUUUCAUCCUGCCCCCUGCCUGCCUGCAAGAAGAAAUCAGAAGCAAAAUUGGACGGUUUAUUUGGGAGAAGGCAGAUGCCCUUGAAGAACAGCCCAACAAAAACUUGCCAGAGGAAUCAGAAGCAGCAAGAAAUGGCUGUGAGGAAGAACCAGAGGAGGAGGCACUCGACCUGGCUGAGAGUGAAGAAACAGACUCUGAAGCACUUGUCCAGGGAGAAUUUCCAUACCGUGCCCUCCAGGAAUACCCGAUAAACAACAUGGUGACAGGCUAUGCCUCUGCACGGGACAUGAAGAAAUAUGAGGGGGAACUCCAUGACUUUACCCCUGGCACCUCGGGCUAUGCAGCGUACUGGGUUCAAAGCAAAUUCAGCAUUUACUGUGAGAAGACCAAAAUGAAGAGGAAAUUGUAA